GUUCGAUAAAUGAUCCUGACCAAAGGUGUGUUUUGGAUUUUGGCCCCUGUGAGACUGAGUUUGACACCCCUGCUAAAGCUGGACAUGGCAAUGGCAGCCAGUGACGGAUGACUAAUCUAUCCGUGGUAAUGAGUGAGACACCACCCCUCCUGAAUGCCAAAAGGUUGUUGGUGGAUGAGGGGUGGCAUCAGUGUGGAUGGCACGCUCGUUUGUGCUGUGCCAACCAAAUGAAGUGAUUUCCUGCCGUGCGUUAAUGCGCAUGGCAGAGUGGAGGAGACAGAACAUUUGCAAAGGUUUUAGUGAUGGAGUCCUGUGAUGUGCAGGUGGAAAAGGAGAAGACAUUAUGGGUGAUGAUGAUGAUGCUGAUGCUGUCUGAGCGGCGUGGGAAGCUCUGCUCCUGCGCUCAUCAGUUCGUCUUGACUGUCGAGUAGCUCGGACGUGUCUUAUCUUCCCUCCUUAAUGCGCAGGCGUGAUCCAAUCUGAGCCCCUAAAAAAAAUAGAAGGAAAAAAAAUCUGUUCCCAUCAGAACUGCGCGUUGCUCAUCCGAUGCUGACAUUUUUGGAGCGGCCACAUCCAUUUUGCUGCAGAAACAGAGGAAAUGCAGAGCUGCUGGCGAGCUGAUCUCUCCGGGAAACACCGUCCAACCUGUGGAUAGUGCGGAGCGCGUCCGUGGCCGCCGCCACAGCCGCCGUCUGGGACGCUCAGCCCCCGGAGCCGCGUCCGAUCCCCCAGCGUUCCGUUUGAGCUAAGCUGUGUGCAGGUAUUCAGUUUAUGAAUGGCACUGACAUGGAGGAAAUACCGUUUCAGAAAGUCAAAACCAGGAGGAAGAGAAGUCACUGUCCGCCGGGCGUCCCUCUGACCACCAUCGCGUGCGAGGACGAGUUCGACUGCAAGGAACUUGAGUCUCUCUUCCAGAACUACAACCUGAAACUGGAGCAGACUUCCACUCUCAAAGCCUUGGCGGUCCUCAUCUUCAUGUCCUUCACGCUGGCCGUGGUGGAGCUGCUGUCCGGCCCCAGCCUUACCAUCUCCAAGGGGUCCCACCCGGUCCACUGUGUCAUCUUCCUCUCCCUGUUCAUCGUAACUAAUGUCAAGUAUCUACAAGUGACUCAGCUCCAGCAGAUCGUCAACUUGUCGCUGCUGUUCGGCUUCACUUUCUCGUUCCUGUGCUGCCCCUUCUCGCUGGGGGCGAUGGGGAUGGAGCCCCCGACCUCCCCGGAGCAGGGCGUGUGGCAGCUCAUCCUGGUCACCUUCGUCGCCUACGCGCUGUUGCCUGUGCGGACGCUCUUGGCUGUGGUGUUUGGACUGAUGGUUUCCAUCUCGCACCUGAUUGUGACCGCCACUUCUGUCACGGUCAAAACGCAGAAACUGUGGAGAACGUUGGUUGCCAACACCGUUCUGUUCACCAGUGUCAACCUGUCAGGCCUGUUUGUGCGCAUCCUGACAGAGCGAGCCCAGAGGAAAGCUUUCCUGCAGGCCCGCAACUGUAUCGAAGAGAGACUCCGUAUGGAGGACGAGAACGAGAAACAGGAGCGCCUGCUAAUGAGUCUGUUACCCAGGAACGUAGCCAUGGAGAUGAAAGAGGAUUUCCUGAAGCCACCUGAAAGGAUCUUUCACAAAAUCUACAUCCAGCGCCAUGACAAUGUCAGCAUCUUGUUUGCAGACAUCGUCGGUUUCACCAGCCUGGCCUCUCAGUGCACGGCGCAGGAACUCGUUAAGCUUUUAAAUGAGCUUUUUGGAAAGUUUGAUGAGCUCGCCACGGAGAACCACUGUCGCAGAAUUAAGAUCCUGGGAGACUGUUACUACUGCGUUUCUGGACUGACCCAGCCCAAGACCGACCACGCUCACUGCUGCGUUGAGAUGGGCUUAGACAUGAUCGACACUAUAACGUCAGUCGCAGAGGCCACAGAAGUCAACCUUAAUAUGCGAGUGGGCUUGCACACCGGCCGAGUGCUGUGCGGCGUGCUGGGCCUCAGGAAAUGGCAGUAUGAUGUUUGGUCAAAUGAUGUGACCCUGGCCAACGUGAUGGAAGCUGGAGGCCUGCCAGGGAAAGUUCACAUCACCAGAUCUACGCUUGAGUGCCUAAAUGGAGACUAUGAGGUGGAGCCUGGAAAUGGCCACGAAAGGAGCGCCUUCCUCCAAAAACAUGAAAUAGAAACCUUCUUUAUUGUGCCAUCUCACCGACGAAAGAUAUUCCCAGGAUUGAUUCUUUCGGAUAUAAAGCCCGCCAAAAAGAUGAAGUUCAAAACCGUGUGCUACUUACUAGUGCAGCUUAUGCACUGCAGGAAGAUGUUCAAGGCUGAGAUUCCCUUCUCCAAUGUCAUGAACUGCGAGGACGGGGAUAAGCGGAGGGCCAUGAGAACAGCUCCCCAAAAGCUGAGAAACCGCAACAACGCUAACCAGGCUAACGUGGUCCAGAGCAGUCCUAGGACCCGGGUCAACCGCUACAUCGGCAGACUGAUCGAGGCGCGGCAGACCGAGUCGGAUACGGCGGACCUGAACUUCCUGACGCUCAUGUAUAAAUGUUCUGAGCGCGAGCAGAGGUACCACCAGCUUCCAGACGAGUACUUCACCAGCGCAGUGGUCCUCUCACUGAUCCUAGCUGCCUUGUUUGGCCUUGUUUAUCUCCUCAUCAUACCACAGGGAACGGUGGUACUUGUCCUUCUUGUCUUCUGCAUUUGCUUCCUAGUAGCUUGUAUCAUGUACCUGCAUAUCACAAGAAUUCAGUGUUUUCCGGGAUGCUUGACCAUCCAGAUUCGUACUGCUCUUUGCAUUCUCAUAGUGCUCUUAAUUUACGCCGUGGCCCAGGCCUGUGUGGUGGGCUGCAUGCCCUGGAUGUGGGGAAGUGCCAACACCAACAGCUCUAUUGUCAUUAUCGACGUGGACAGUGGAGCAAAUCACACCAUGGAAGAGCUGCCCUGCGACGGCGCCCGCUACGCCUUCCUGUCCUGCGUGGUGGGCACCCUCACGCUGGCCCUUUUCCUGAGAGUCUCCUGGCUGCCAAAGAUGGCGCUGUUGCUGCUCCUGGGGGUGCUGUAUGUCACCGUGUUGGAGCUCAGCGGCUUUAGGACUGCAGGUGGGGGGUCCAUCCACAUCCGGGGCUUUGAGCCCAUCCUGUCUCUGUUGCUCUUUGUCAGCGCCCUGGCCCUCCACUCCAGGCAACUCGACCUCAAACUGCGCCUGGACUUCCUAUGGGCUGUUCAGGCGGAGGAGGAACGAGACGGGAUGGAGAAAGUCAAGCUGGAUAACAGAAGGAUCCUCUUCAACCUCCUGCCUGCACACGUGGCUCAGCACUUCCUAAUGUCAAACCCCAGAAACAUGGUGAGCCACGCUAAUAGACAGGCAGGCAUGCAGACAGACAAACAGGAUCUCUACUAUCAGUCUUACGCACAAGUCGGGGUCCUGUUCGCCUCCAUCCCGAACUUUAACGACUUCUACAUAGAGCUGGAUGGCAACAAUAUGGGGGUGGAGUGCUUGAGAUUGCUGAACGAGAUCAUUGCUGACUUUGAUGAGCUCAUGGAUAAGGAGUGCUACAAGGACAUCGAGAAGAUCAAAACUAUCGGCAGUACAUACAUGGCAGCUGUGGGACUCGUCCCCACCAUUGGGACCAAGGCUAAAAAAUCCGUUCACGACCAUCUGAGCACAAUAGCGGACUAUGCCAUUGAGAUGUUUGACGUCUUGGAUGAAAUCAACUACCAGUCAUACAACGAGUUUGUCCUGAGAGUGGGCAUAAAUGUGGGUCCGGUCGUAGCAGGAGUGAUCGGAGCACGGCGACCUCAGUAUGACAUCUGGGGGAACACGGUCAACGUGGCCAGUCGGAUGGACAGCACCGGAGUUCCUGGAAAAAUACAGGUGACUGAGGAUGUCUACCGGCUUCUGAACACCAACUACGACCUGGUCUGCCGCGGCAAGAUCAGCGUAAAGGGCAAAGGUGAGAUGCUGACUUACUUCCUGGAGGGGAAGGUUCAAGGCAUCGGAACGGUGACCACCUCGUCGGUGAUGCGCUCCGCCAGCCUGGCGCGUCGGAUCCACUCCUGCGGCAAGACGAGCGUCCCCACCAACCUGGGCUGCAUGUCCGCCGCCGCUAGCCCGACCGCUCACGCCAGCAUCAGCGGCAAUGUUCAAAUGAGCGUUGCCAACACCAGUAACAGCCAAUUGACAUGCAUGCCUUCACCCUGCGUGCCUGCCAUGGGGGAGGAGGAGGAAGAGUUGGAGGACUUGGUUGUGACGGAGAUCCAGAUUCAGGCUGUGGCAGCUGUUGCAGAUGUAGCAGUUUAGGAGGAGGGACUAUUCGAAAGCAUGGAGGCCUGGAGGUGUUCAUUCAGGAUAUAAACUUCCUCAGUUGAAUAACAAUGAAAUGGACAAUCAUCAACGUUUUGAAAGUCUUACCUGCUUGCUACUCUUCAAAACAAGGUGUACAUGUGGAGUUUGAAGGAAAGAUAUUUGUAGUGUUUCGGGGCUCUUUCAGAUCCAGGUCUAUCGUUCAUUUCUUGUUUUCUAUGAAGUGCAUACAAACUAUGUACACUGAAAAACUCUGAUCAUGCUAUCGCUUUUGCACUGUCUUUCUAAUUAUGCCAAGGAUGUAUUGCAAUGUGUACAAUGAUCAUUUCUCUUUGGUGUAUGUAGGCAUGCAUGUGUGUUUUUUGUGAGUGUGUGCGUAUGCAUGUGUGGUUUACUCUGAUUUGUAACGAAACAGCACAAAACCCUUUUUCCGUUUGCCAGUUCCGUCGGGCUUAAGAUGAUGCAUAUUUACAACUAUUACAGAGCAUGACUUUUUAAAAUGUCGACAGCCAUAGUAAUGACUUUCCUGUUUAAAGAAAACCAAAGUACUUUCUUAGAUUUUGAGUUCUAUUACUCGCACUGCCGCACCGGAUUAAAGGAAAAACCGCCGAUCAGUCGUGCAUGGAGUAGGGUUACAGAGUUAUUGAGAAGGUUAAUAAAGUAUUUGUGCACUCAUAUAGUUUGAGGGGGAAGAAUAGAUAAACCUACAGAUGGUUUGUAAGAAGAGCGCUGCUAUUGAAACUAGUUUAUGCCAAAAGUUGGAUAACAACAGAGAAAUAAUAAAAAAAAAGCACACAUACCUGAUUGUUAGCACACCACUUCCGCACAUGCAUGACUUUUAAAUGCUUUAAGUAAAAAAUCCUCGAGGCCACAGAAACUUUAGUGCCGUGUCUGACUGCCGUUGUCUUUCAGGCAUUUGUACAUUCUCGCUUCUCAUUAUAUUCAAGCUGCAGUUUGAGAUUUCGGUGGGAAAUAGAAACGGAGCGGUUGCAGAAAUGUGGGGCUUCACGUAUAUUUAUAGUCUUAAUCUCACAGACGGUUCACUUGAUUUGCUAACGUGUAAAUAAAAUAAAUGAUGUAACAAGUUUUUUGCCUUACUCAAAAGCUUACAGUGAUUGCAAACUGCCUUUUUAGAUUUUUAAUCACUUUGAUAUGCAGAUAAGGUUUUGUUUUUGUAAAUAGCCAAAAGCUGUACACUAUGUUGUAACUUGUACAGUGUAAAGUUGGAUUAUUGAAUAUUUUGUAAUAAAUACAUUAUUGGUGUAUAAAAUA